AUGGCCUCAGACCCUAAGAGCACUCUCGCCCGACAGGCCGCCUGGCAUGAACUAGAAUAUUAUGCCUUCAUCCACUUUGGGCCUAAUACCUUCACAGAUGAGGAGUGGGGAAGAAGCCAGAGCCCGCCAGAUGUCUUCAACCCCGUCGUCCUGGACACAGACCAAUGGGCCAAGACAUUCGCCGACGCAGGCAUGACUGGCAUGAUCCUAACCCCAAAGCACCACGAUGGAAUGGCGCUCUGGAACACGUCCACGACAACGUACAAGAUCGACAACGGCGCGUGGGCCAAGAACCGCACCGCCCUGGGGAUCGGGACCAACGUGGUCCGUCUGGCCGCCGCCUCAGCGAAAAAGUACGGCAUCAACUUCGGCGUGUACCUGUCCCCAUGGGACAUCCACCGCGACCCCGCGAUGCCCAAGCCCGGCCUCGCGGGCACCAUCUACGACGAGCCGCAGAACUUCGGCGACGCGACGGACGGCGACUACAACGCGCUGUACGCGGCGCAGCUGACCGAGCUCGUGACGAUGGCGCUCGGCGACGGCUCCGCGACGUUCGACUGGGCGCUGUUCCGCGACAUCAUCCGCGAGCACCAGCCGGGCGCCGUCAUGUGGGGCCACCAGGGCGUCGACGCGCGCUGGGUCGGCAACGAGGACGGCGUCACGGUCGCCACCAACUGGCACACCAUCAGCCGCACGCAGGACGACGCGCGCUACGGCGGGGAGGAGCUGCAGAGCGGCGUCCGCGACGGGCUGUACUGGACGCCCGCCGAGGCCGACGCGCGCAUCCGCGACGGCUGGUUCUGGCACGCCAGCGAGGCGCCCAAGACGGCGCAGGCACUGAUGGAUAUGUACAUGCAGUCUGUGGCCAGGAGCGUCAACCUGCUGCUUGAUGUGCCGCCUGACACGGACGGCGUCAUCCAGCAGGUGGAUGUUGACUCGCUCGUGGCUUUCAAGGGACUGCGCGACGCCUUCAUUGACCGGGAGAUCCUGACGCCUGGGCUCAACACGACUGUGAGCAGCAUCCGAGACGGGGACGCGGCGCUGUAUGGACCGGUCAAUGUGAUCAACAAUGACACCGCUACGUACUGGGCCGUCGAUGCUAACGAGACCACGGGGUGGGUGGAGAUCGACCUCGGUGGCGUGUACUCGGUGGAUGCUUUCAUAGUUCAGGAGCACAUUGCUCUAGGUCAGCGCAUUGGUGGUUAUACAAUUGAGGUUGCCGUGGAUGGAACGUAUCAGACGGCCGUCAAUGGCACUUCACUCGGGUAUAAACGGAUCGAUAGGUUGGGCACAGCUGUUCCGGCCACGCAGAUUCGAUUCAGUGUCACUCAGGCCAACGCCACACCUCUUCUCCAGAGCGUACAGAUCUUGGGUGAAAAGGCUACCUAG